AUGUGGGUUUCAAAGUUCAUCGGAGAAAUCGGUUUAGCUGCAUUAUCAAUUGCAUAUAUUAUUGAUGCAUCAGCACUUGCUUUUGGCUUCUUCGUCUCAGUUGGAGCUGCAACAAUACUUGCUUAUCUUCUUUCAACCAAAAAUUAUGAAAAAGUAAAUCAAGUUACUGCUGAUCUGUUCAUGUUGUGCCUAAUCUUUGCAUUAAUUGUUCCUGCAAUACUUCUUCCAUUGGCAAAACCAAUUUUCAGAUUUUUGCAAGCUCCAGAUAACAUUCAAAAGCUCGCUUUUGAUUACGUUAUUCCUCUAUGCGCAAUGAAUUUGAUUACAUGCUGUUAUCAUUGCAUUUGCGGUGUUUUACAAGCAGAAGGAAGAACAUGGACAUAUGGUGGUGCUCAAAUGGUGUCAAUGAUUUGCAAUAUGGUAUUAUUUGAUCCACUUCUUCUUUAUCUUCUCAAGAGAACAGUUGGUUCAUCACUAGCUACAGAAUUAGCUAUGUUAAUUCCAGCAUCUGUUCUCAUUUCAUUACUCUUCUGCAAGAAAUUUGCCGCAAAACCAACUCUCAAGAUGUUUUUCCAAAAGUUUGCACCAGAAACAUGGAUGGCAGUCAAAACAGGACUUGCAACAUUCAUUAUGAAUAUAUCAUUCGUUGUCCCAACAUUUGUUAUGCAAAAAUACUUGUCAAUCAGAGCCAAAAGAGUAGGCAAAUAUGAAACUGUCAUUGCAGUUUACAACACACUCUUCAGAAUUUAUGGACUUUCUUUCUUCGUUCCUCUUGCAAUGAAUGCUUCCUACUUACCUUCAGCUGCAUAUGCAUUUGGAAAGAAGGAAAACAAGAGAAUAUUAUGGCUGACUUGGCAUGUUAUUUGGAUUUCAUGCGUCUGGGGAUUCUUAAUUACUUUCAUCACAUCUGUUUUCCCAGACAAGAUUGCUUUAAUUUUUAGCAAAGAUGAUGAGUUCAUUUAUUGGUCAAAAAGAAUGAUUCCAAAAUGCUUCUGGACAUACUCUUGCGCAUGUGUCAAGUUUAUUAUGAUAUCAUUCCUCCAAUCUACUCAACAGACAAUGAAAGCAAUGAUACUCAGUAUAUUAACAGAGUUAUUGGGACUCCCAAUUUUUGGAAGUCUAUUCCAUUAUUUAGCUGAAAAAGAAUCGCCAAUCACUCUUUUAUAUGCUUAUCCAGUGAAUGAUAUUUGUGCAGCUUUGUGUUGCCUUGCAACUGCUUCUCCCACAUUCUAUAAAUUUAUCAAAUCAGAUAAUAACACAGAAGAAAAUGAUCAAAAGUCAGAUCAAGUUGACAGCACAAAAGAUGAAAGUAACAAAGAAGAUGAAGCUACUCCUCAAGUUUAA